CAUGACACUCUGGAUACGAUUGUGAAUGGAUUAGGUGGCAGCCGCGCGGUCACGGUACGAGAAUGAACAAUUACGAAGAUCGCAGAAGGCCGCAGACAGGUGCUUCGAAGAAGCCGAGGACUGCAUCCGUCGUAGGAAAUGACCAUGACGAGCGUGGCUGUCGCCCCGGGUAGCCUCGGUGCACCUCCAUCUGCGCUUACCCCGAAGAUGUAUCACUUACAGCAGGGGUUAAAUUCAACAUCGGCCUCACCUACUCCCGGAAAAAAUUACGAUACGCUGAGCAAAGGGAAGAAAUCUUGGAGCGUGAGAUUAGGUCUAUCGCGGCAGAAUCAGGGUACCGAUGAUCCCGGCAAAGGGUGGGGAACGAUAAGCGGAGGCAGCGGGAUUUCGCGUCAAAUGAUCUACGGGGAUCCAUGGCUCUAUGGUACAGUUCGAUCUUCGAGGCCUGGUCACGAGCCUCGAGGAUUCAUGACACCCCCGCCUCCGCCGCCUCCAGGAGCUCCAGUGCUGGUAGUAUGUUCCUGUCCGGAAUUUCUCAGUGGAACCACCCGGAAGUUCGGCAAUUGCCGCAAGUGCGGUGGGCACCGAUUGGCUGGUGUACCUUUAGGAGGAACAUGUCGGCUGCCAGCGAUCUCCUCGAGGUCAAGACCCAGUCUCGCGGGUGUGCUGAGGUCAUCAAUAGACGAUCCCUACGAUCAGAUGCGUCGGAAUCGUUUGGUGGAACCGAGGACGCGGGCUCGCAGUAUUUCACCGCACCGGCCAUUAUCUCAACGAGAUUCCCGGAGCCAGAGCGUCGCACGGAACACGAAAGAGCGAAAGGGCUCGAUCGAAGGUACGUCCUCGAGAUCCGAAUGGUUCGACAAAGAGGCGGCAGCAACGAGCUACGAGGAAACGGGACGCAAACAACGAGCGAACUUCACUGGUGCAUCCACCGACGAAUGGCUGGAGGAGGCGCAGCCGUUGACAGAUCCGCGAAGUCAAUCAGCUUCGUCGACGCCGACCAGGAUGCUUCGGAUCCCGAAGAAGGUAAAAGGCGCCAGGACGGACUGGCAGGAUUGUGCGUUGGUGAAAACGGUGGACACAAGUCAGACGAAAACCGGGAACCAGCAAGAUGACUGGAAGGAGAGACCGUCGAGUGUCGGUGACUCGAGAAAGAGUAUCCUCGAGUGCGACGUUAAUCCGUAUCUUCUUCUGAAGAAACAAAAGGACGAGGACGAUCUGAGCGACGAUCUGUCGGACAACGCCCUCGAACAGGACGAUUCCAGGCCACUUUCCAGUCUGUUCGACCCCUCAAAAGUGAAAUCGAUCGAGAGGAUACCGAACAGAAGCGCAGUGGCCGCGAUCGGUGGUCAGAGAAUCAGGGUGUUCAACGAGCCGCGAGAGAUCUCGGACGACGAAGAGGUACCGCCGGUCACGAGGAUUCCCAUACCAAAGGUUUCACCGAAGCGGCCACCGAGAAGGCUGAAGGAAGCCAAACAAACGCUGAAGAGUAUUCUGAAGCGGGGGAAGGUGCUCGAGAGCAGAAGGAAGAACGUCUUGUUCAACGUCGACAACGUUAUAUUCGCUCCCGAAAAGCCGUCGGAAGUGACACGAUUGUCGUGGAACAGGAUCGCUAGGAUCGGGAAUUGCUCCACAGCUGGUGAACGUCGGAGUAACGACGAGUCAGAGGAGGAGGAAGAGGACGACGAGGAAGAGGAAGAAGACGAGCCAGUAACCGCGUCGCACGAUCAAAGAGAGAAGUACAACUUCAUCACGAUUCCGAAUAUCAGGGAUCCGAAGGUGGACAGAAUUCGGCCGAAGGAGCCGAGAGUUUCGCAAGAUCUGUGCCAAAACCCCGUUAACGUUGACGGAAUUAAGGUAGAUAAGUUCGUUACCGCGGGCAAUGCGGAGCGUGUUUUUACGAAGAAGAGAGAGAACGUCGAGAUAUCGCGGCAGAACGAAGAUAUCGUUCCGCGAAACUUCGCCGAAGAAACUGUUCACUCAUCGAAACGCGAGAACACCAGGGAAGAAAACGAGGAGAGGAAGAGGAUAGAGAAGGAGCACGCGGCUAGAAUGGAGGAGGACGCCCAAUUGCAGAUCGAGAUCGAGAAACGCAAGGAUCGUAUUCCAGGCCUUGUUGUUGACGAGAAAGACUUGAUACUGAAGUCAGAAGAGACCUCGAAAAGAUCGUCUUUAUCGCGCAGUCAAAGCGAACGAUCGUUCAAUCGACCAGAAGUGUCAGCUGGCGAUGUACUUUUUACGGACACCAUGCGUCUAAGUUUCUGCAGAAAGAUGAAAGAAAUGCCAUCCCCGUUAGACUCGAACGACCAAACGACGAUUGAACGAGAGGAUUCGAUCGAAUUCACCAGAGAAUCCAUGGAGAACGUGGAUUCUAAGGAAGACACCGAUUCGGUGAAAAUCGAAUAUCAGCCUGAAUUACCGAAUGUCAAAGAGAUCGAGGAGGUUCUUGCACAAAGUAUAAUUAAACCGCAAACAGACGUUGCGACAGAUAUUCAGAGUAAUUUCAAAGGAAUCAACCAUCAUUUCCGAGGAAUGAGACCAACCAGUUGGUCUCCUCCGCCUGGUAAACAGAAACAUCGUUACAAGAUCAACGAUCCCGACGUGAAGCCGAAAAUCAUGGAUCAUUCCGAAUCAGAACGAAACAGUCCCGUGUUGAAAACUACAUGGAGCACGUCUGAUACCUAUGGAUCCUCGAAAGUCGAAAUUGGAUCGACCAGCACGGAAACCAACGUGUACAAAAUUACGGUCAGUCCUCGAGCAUCUCCUCUUGUUCAUCGAUUGCAAAUAGGUCCGGGUAGCAACGGAUCAAGAAGAACGUCGAUUUUAAUUAACGGAGACACAACACCGACUGCUGAAACAUCGCCGGACAACAAAGUGACGAUCAGCGUUGGCGGAGAGGACAGCGUUUACAAUCCCACGGUGAUCUCGGUGAAUUCGGAGAAUCCACCUCGAAUAAAGAGCUCCGGGGAAAAUCGUACGCUCGUCAUCUUGGACAACUACAAAUCGAACAUCGUGGUCGAGACUGGGAAGGAAGACGCAAAGUCGAAGAAAACGAUCGAAGCUGAGUCUAGCGAAGAGAUGGAGCAUUCUCGAGCGAGCAGCGAGGCUUCGUCCGGGGAUAAAACGAUCUCGAAUACUCCAGAGGCGUUGGUGGACGCUGACAAACAAACGAAACAAACUGUCGAAGGUAAAUCUUCCGUUGUGGAGAAAAACGCGAAGUUCUACUUAACGAACGAACGAGCUGCACGAGGAGAGCAGAAAGCUCAUCAGAAGGAAGGGGAAAGUUCGCAGAAGCUUACAGGAUUGUCUAAGGAGGCGUUGAUCUCGAAGCUGUUAGAAGAUUCCCUGAGGAAGGCUCGGGAGAACGGGGAGAUCCUCGACGAGGACAGCGGCGAGGCUAUUCUGAAGAUACUGAAGCAGAGUCUGUUGAAGAGCAAGGAGUACGAGAGUUCCGAGUCGACUCUCGAGGCGAAUUACUCGAGGGCGUCCAGCUUAAAUUCGGAGGGCGACUUCAUCUCGACGAAUCUUUUCUUGGAGGAGAAUCCUUACGAGGUAAUCAAAGAGCCAAUUUACGAAGAGAUUCCCGAUGAACCUCCGCCUCUGCCGCUGAGCCCGCCGCCAGCUGAGGAUUACAUAAAGGACAGAAUAUAUUUCGGUGACAUCGAUUACUACAGGAAGAGCAAUUCCGAUCAGUUCCUCGGAUCUUACUUGACGAACGAUGUUUUCAAAAAGUCCAACACCGAGGAUCUUACGGAGACGUAUCUGUCCAAGAGUCCGGAGGAUUUCUACAAGAAAAUGUCCGCGUCGCCGGAAGAGGAGAACAUCUCGAGCAAAUUCGAGUUGCUCAACUUUUUGGUGGACUCGAAGGAUCGAGCGAUAUCGAUCGAGGAAGAAGACGACGACGAGGACGACGACGAGGACGAAGAAGAUACCGAGGGAGAUCUGGAAGCGUUGUACGAGCAAAAAGAGACCAGCCUUGGCGAUCUCAGCUCGAAAAGCUCGCAGAUAUCGAACGUUUCUGAUAGCAGCGAGGAAUGCAAUAUUAUUCUGACCAGUUCAUCGGAAACAUCAAAAGUAAGGGCUGUAGAUAUAGAAAGAACUGAUAGCGGAGUAGGAUCAGAAAGCAGUCAGGCCAGCAGCACUCGGGGCGUGCCGAGACGUUGGAGAGCAGGAAAUGUCUCUUCGGGACCAGGAAGUCUCCUCAGUGGAAUCCCACAAGUGAUUUCCGGUGAUUCAAAGCUCUGCGAAGACUGCGAACAACGUUUGGAUCCUCUAAUAACGGACAGUGGUGUAGUGUACGCGCCCUUCGUAUGCAGAAAAUGCUCCAAGAAGAGAGUAGAACGCAAAGAGAUAAUUACGGAAAUCGUAGAAACUGAACAGAAGUAUGGAAGAGAUCUACAAAUUAUUCUUGAAGAAUUCCACAGACCUAUGCUGAGGGCUGGCCUCCUCACUUCGGAACAGCUCACAGCGAUCUUUCUCAACGUGGAAGAACUUCUGGAACACAACGUUGUACUCGCAGAAAAACUGAAGGACGCCGUGGAAUUUGCUCAGGAAUCCGGGGACGAGGAUCUUUUAACGGUCGACGUAGGAAAGAUUUUCCUCGAGUCUGAGCGGAUGUUACACGCGUUUGAAAGCUACUGUACCCGUCAAGGAAGUGCCAGUUUAUUGUUGCAGAAUUUAGAGAAAGAGAAAGAGUUGCUGCGAAUAUUUUUGAAGGUUUCACAAAUGGAAAACACUGUUUUACGUAGAAUGAACUUAAAUUCUUUCUUAAUGGUUCCCGUACAAAGAGUGACAAAGUAUCCUCUUCUGUUGGCUCGGUUACUGAAAGCUACGCCUUCCGUACGACCAGAUAUUCAAGAAGCUAAAGAAAGAUUGAAACAAGCUCAGGCCAACAUAGAAUUGCACUUAGAACAUAUGAAUGCUGAAGCAAAGGAUGUAACUUCGACGAAACUGUGGAGAAGAAUUUCGAUUAUUCAAAACGGUAGGCGACCCAUCGGCGAACAAGACAUGGUGAAUAUAAAGUUAAGAAAGAUGGCCGUGGAGGUAUUAGAAUGGGCCCACGAAGAAGCAAAAUUUGUGCUAGAAGGACGUCUUUUAGUUGCACAGCCAACAGAUAACAAUUGGAGACGCGGACGAACUGUCAAGCUUGCCCCUGUAACUGCCAUGUUGGUUACUAAUGGCAAGCCAAAUGCAGAGGACCUUGAAUUUCACGACGACUCUCUCUUUCCAAGACACAUUGGUAUCAAAGAGGCUACCCUCUUGUUGGUAAAAGAAAAACUUGGACGAUAUUCUUUAUUACGCGAACCGUUAUAUCUUGACAAGUGUAUAGUAUGCUGUGAAACAGAUCUUGAAGAUUAUUUUGAAAUUCAGGAAUUAUCAUCCAAGGAAACUUUUAUAUUUAAGGCCGAAGAUGGGGCCAGAACAAAGAGGUGGUGUAGAACGUUACAGGCGCACGCACAAUCUCUAGGUGCAUGGCGUAAACGUCGUGGAGCGUUGCCAAAUAUCAUGAUAUGCGGUGUCGCAAGAAAUUGAUGAAGACACGACAUAAUUAGAUGUAAAAAUAUAAUCUACAUUUACAGUUGUUAUUUAAAGGUGAUUAUAAUUCCUAAAUGCGCGAAUAAAUUCGCACAAG